GCAGAGGCUGAGCGAGCCGGUUCCAGGGACACGCGACAACGACUCGGCCCCGAGUGAGUGUGCAGGACGAGCUCAAGGGAAACGCCAGGGCAGGAGCGACCUCCCGCCCCUCUAGACUUGAGCAGAGGAAGGAGCGCCCCGGUCACCACCGCACCCCACCCGCCAGGAUGCUGGUGGCCCAAUGCUCUUUCCAGACGGAGGAGGCCGUGUGCAACACCCUUGCUGGAAUGGGGCCUGCACUCAGUCCUGAAGCCACAGCCAGCCGCAGUCCUGUUUGUCUCUUGAAAUGAACGUUCCCUGGGCGCCACCUGGUGGAUCGUGGAGCUAACUGUCCGUCGAUGCCAAGCGAUGGCAACCGUGCUCCCACCAGGUCCCCAACCCGCCUUGGGGAACGAAACUCUGCAGGUACAUUACAACUACGUGGGGAAGCUGGAGGACAGGCUGAAGGACUCCUCCGAGGGCAGCACGCUCACCAUGGUCCUCUUCUUGGUCGUCUGCAGCUUCAUCGUCUUGGAGAACCUGAUGGUCUUGAUUGCCAUCUGGAAAAACAAUAAAUUUCACAACCGCAUGUACUUUUUCAUCGGCAACCUGGCUCUCUGCGACCUGCUGGCCGGCAUCGUGUACAAGGUCAACAUUCUGAUGUCGGGCAAGAAGACGUUCGGCCUGUCUCUGACGGUCUGGUUCCUCAGGGAGGGCAGCAUGUUCGUGGCCCUGGGGGCGUCCACCUGCAGCUUACUGGCCAUCGCCAUCGAGCGGCACUUGACCAUGAUCAAGAUGAGGCCCUACGAUGCCAACAAGAAGCACCGCGUCUUCCUUCUGAUUGGGAUGUGCUGGCUCAUCGCGUUUUCGCUGGGCGCCUUGCCCAUUCUGGGCUGGAACUGCCUGCAGAACCUCCCAGACUGCUCCACCAUCCUGCCCCUCUACUCCAAGAAGUACAUCGCCUUCUGCAUCAGCAUCUUCAUCGCCAUCCUUGUGACCAUCGUGAUCCUGUACGCACGCAUCUACUUCCUGGUCAAGUCCAGCAGCCGCAAGGUGGCCAAUCACAACAACUCGGAGCGGUCCAUGGCCCUGCUGCGAACCGUGGUGAUCGUGGUGAGUGUGUUCAUUGCCUGCUGGUCCCCCCUCUUCAUCCUCUUCCUCGUAGAUGUGGCCUGCCGGGCGAAGGAGUGCUCCAUCCUGUUCAAGGACCGGUGGUUCAUCAUGCUGGCCGUCCUCAACUCGGCCAUGAACCCUGUCAUCUACACGCUGGCCAGCAAGGAGAUGCGCAGGGCCUUCUUCCGUCUGGUCUGCAACUGCCUGGUCAGGGGCAAGGGGGCCCACGCCUCGCCCAUGCAGCCAGCUCUCGACCCAAGCAGAAGCAAAUCGAGCACCAGCAACAACAGCAGCCACUCCCCGAAGAUCAAGGAAGACCUGCCCCAGCCAGCCACCACACCCUGCAUCACUGAUAGCUCCAGAAUGCUUCAGAAUGGGAUCCUCUGCAAGUGAACGUCUCCGUGCGCCCCACUCUGCAGCCAAGCUCUUAUUUAUUGUCUGCGUGGCUUCCAAGGGGACCUCGAAAGAGCUGUGGCUCAGGAGAUCUACUUGAUGUUGCCCGACAAGCUGCCCAGUGGCCAUCUCCUGAGGAGGGGACCCAAGGAAUCACCAACCCAUUUCAAUAGACAGAGUGCCUUGUCUGUUUCAGGCACCAGACUACUAAGCUGCUGAUGUCAUCCACUGCCUUCUGCUGAACUCUGGAGCCACGUUCCAUUGUGCAUGAAGAGGGAAGGUCACCGGCUACCCGAUGCGUAGGGUUUCUCGGUGUGCCUCUGGAUGACGUUUCAUAACUCCACACUACACUUACUGGGCCUGGAAUGGGUGCUUGUAUCUUCGUCUCUUUCUGUGUUGCAUGGAAUUCAUGUUCCGGGCAUUUGCCACGUGGUGCCGACAUAAAGUUCGUACCUUGCUCGUGCAGUUAGGUGACUAGUUCUACAAAUGUGUUCUGACUGUAGCACCAGGUACGAGGACAUGGUGUGAAUUAGGUGGACCUGCUACUCCCAGCCUCUUUAGACUGAUAUGAAGUCUCACGGUAAGCAAAAUUCUAAGGCCUAAAUUCCCAAAAUAAGGCUUGUCCAAGGCCAGCCUCUGAUAUGUGAGUCUGACCCUAAAUAGCCCUGUGUCCCUUCCAUCCUGUGUCCCUGAAUAAUUUUAAGCAUAUCCAGAAGUGAGAGAUCACUUAAUUUAGGGGAGGGGGGUUUCUGCAAAUUGUAGCCAGGAUCUCCCAAGAGCCUGUGCUCUCCAACUAACCAAAGAAACUGCCCAGGAGGGAGAGGCAGGGUUUUGCCUCCAUCCUGGUUUGCCUUACCAAGUCACUGGGGGUUAUAAUGGGGGAGUUUCCACUGGAAGGAGAGGGUGAGAAGACAGAACUCUGGUUCUAUGUCAAGUCUGAUUCUGCACUGGAAAAGUGCAGGGCCAGUAACCCCCCAUGCCAUCGCCGCCGAAUAGCUGGGACCAUCAACAAAGUCUCACGGCUUCCUGAAAGCAGACAUCAAUGGUGACUAGGAGAGCAACUUAAUUGUCAGGUUAGAAAACGUAAUUGACGAUUCAUGCAUGCUUCAGAGAGAUGCAUCGUAAUACUGCAUGAUACUCUCAUUUUAUUUUUCAACACAAGUUGGACCUAUAUCACUCUGUUUACCUUACAAAGGAAUUACUCAGAAGCAACCUAGUACGUGUUCUUCCCCAAGGAUCUUACAUGCGAUAUACAUGGAAGAAAAACGAGUACGUGUGUAGAGCUGGCAUGUACGCAGGGUCUCUGUGCUCUUUGUGACAAGAACAGAAGCCCCUUUCAGAAGGCUUCUCGCUGGGAGUGACUUCACAUCGGUGCCCCCUACUGUUUUGUUUUGUUUUUUUAGGUUUAGUGAGAACUUUGCCUUAUUAAUACCUAAAAGAGCAGUCUUAACUCAUGAAUGACUCUUUGUAACAGAACUUCCCUCCUGGCGAGUUGCUCUUAUCAAGGAACAUUUCUGUGGGUCCUGGGUAACCUGUAUGUACUGACCAAAGACCUUCCUCUUUUUUUUCCUGUUGAGAUAGGUCCUAUUGGUAAGGAAAUGUUCCAUGAGGCAUCUAAUGCUGCCUUUGCUACAUCACUGAAAAAUAGCGUAUUCUCUUAUAAAUAGCAUGAGAGAGCCCAGAGCAUUUCUAGGAAAGCUUUAUGUAAGGUUCUGGGUUAAGAAUAAGAACAAUAAAAAUGUAUUAGGGAGCCAAAAAUGCAUUUUCACAUAGGAAAUGAAAUUAUUUGAUCUGUCACGAUUCUGAGUUGCUUUGGGGGCCUUGGGUCUCUCUGUCAGUGUUAUCGUCACACUUUGGUCCAUAACUGUGACUCCUCUGGUAUCUGUGCAUGUUAGUUUUCAUUCAUUAACUUUCCUGGGGGGCCACACCUGUCAUUCCCUCUAGGAGGCGUUACACAGGCUCCUUGGAGAUGACGGGCAAAGCGUUUAAACAAUCUGAAUGAAAAAUACACUUAAAAAGUAAUUGUGCUUAUUUGAUAUAUGCAAAAGCCAAUCACCUUCAAUACCCGUAUGUGCAUUCCUAACUAGCUAACCAACUUCCUAACUAGAAGUUGAGCAUGUCAAAGUCAUCACGUGAGGUUUGGAAACAGGUGAUCUUAUAUGCUGCAGAGAACCUGUGUUAGAUCUUGUUGCAGUUCGUAACCUUUACCAUUUCCAAUGUAUGUUUGUUAAAAUAAAUAAAUAAAACCAAAAGGCCUCAUGUCGACCAGUUUUGGGGGAGUCCGUGUGGUGGGAUUGUUUUCUCAUUUCACCUGGGCCACCCCUAGCGGUGUGCGGUGGAGUGGGCUGGUCACUGCUGCCUGCGCUUCUCAGCAUCUUGGGGAUAAACAACAUUUAGAACCCCAGAUCACCUUCUCUGUGGACUUGCCCACUCUUUAUUGAAGGUCUGGCGUACUGGAUGCUAUUUGCACCAAUUCUGGUAGAGUCUUCUGUUUUGAGGAAGAGGACUAGGGGGCUCUUUGGACAGGGAGGAGAUUGUAAGAGCCAUUGCAAGAAAGUACAGCCCAGAGAGAUGGAAUGUUUGGCUCUGCUUCCUUUGCUGUUAUUUAAGCCAAGGGAGUGAGUGGGGCAGAACCCGGCUUUGCAGCUGCUUUCUCCACUACGAAUGGUAAGGUUCAGCCUCUCCAUCCUGUCCCUGGAAAGAGGAGCUGGUGUUGGACCUCAGGGUUCUGGUGGUGACACUUAUAACAACUUACAAUAAAAAUGCCCCCUACCGCACUAAGAACUGGAGCCCUCCACCCCUCUGUCCACCUUCAGUUCUGUUCAAGGCAGACUAGGCACUAGGUCACAAAAUUACCAUAAGUUCCCUAGGAUGGCUUCUGCCUAGCCACCGCUUUUCCUUCUCCCGGGGAAUAACUGAGAAUACUAUUUUCCAGGGGGGGAAAAGGUUCAAACUACCCUCCUCUCUUUUAUGAUCCAUCAUUCAAAUGAAAGAGACUUUUCUCAAUAGCCUUUAUUGCCAGCAGACUUACAUUUAUAGUCAUUGAAACAAUGAACUAUUUUAAAAAUGGUUUUUUUCUCUCAACCCUUCAGCCAUAGUUACUCUGCGCUGGUUAAGAGCCUUUCACAGAAAUGUAACAAGGUGUAUUUUAUAGAAAACGUCUAAUUACAUUGGCAGUUCCAUGCUUUUAAAUUGUAUCUACAAGUGCAAAACCUCGACACCCAAACGUUUUUAGUAGCUAAGUCAAAUAUUCAAAGGGGUUGCUAUGUAAUCAGAAAUGCACAUACCACUAUUCCAAUAAUAAAGGCACAUUUGCUGAUAACCAAUUAUAACGAGAAGGGCAGCACGGCCUGAAUUACGUGUGCCAUCUUUCGCACCUGGGUCACCGUGAUGACACCCAGCAUGCCACGAGAUGUCUCUCCGCUGGGCCAUCCCAGAAGCUCAGGGAUGCACCAGACGCGAGGUGAUGGGCUCUAACGGGAAACCACAUCGUUUCCUGAACAUGUGAAUUGGAUUCGUUGAAGGUGAGGAGGGAACCAGAGACAAUUGUCGUUACUCGCUUACAGUCAGAUCUCCGAAAUAACCGAAUAACUUAGGUUUUCUCAUUCUUCAAAGAAGAAAGAUUGGAAAACUUGAAGUCAGUUUUGUAUUUCCCCUCCUCAGGGAUGUCCCCGAAGCCAAUUCCUUUCCAGUCCCAAAGUGGGAAAGGCAAACUGGCAAUACAACCAGACAGUAAUUCUUUUUGCUUCACGAAAGUUAAUGGAAACAAAUUUUUCAAAUAAUCACUCACGUAUCGAUAUGUAUAAUUUGCCAUCCAAAUGCUUUUUUAAAAGUAAUAAAUAUCUUAUUAUUACACAUUAAAUUUACAUGGAAUCGUCUCCUAAUCCUGGGAUUGAAACACCAAAUGUUUAAUUCUGAAUACAAAGAAACAUUCACAUACUGAAUUUCACAAUAUUCUGGAACAAGUUACAGUCAAGAGUCAAAUGAACAGAACAUUCCACUUGCAACUCACACAUAGUUGUUACAAAAAAUGUAACUCAUUGUUUGGAGAUGGAUUUGCCCAUUCAUUUCUGCUUCGUUAAUUGCUGCUUGAUUUCAGUGGUCAAGAGAGUUUGGUUGCGGUAAAAAUGUCUACUUGUGUGUCAAUUCAUGACCUUGAAGGCUUGGGGCCAUCGGCUCGGCCUCGCUCCCCAGUGUGUGUUUUUCUAUCUACAAUAGUCCAAGCUGAGACGACCAAACAGAUUCAUAA